CGAUAAGUGUAGCAUAAUAAUGAGAAAAAAAUCUUUUCCAAUCUUGAUAUUUAUUGCUUUGACUUUUUGCUGUAUUAUGUUAUUAAACAAAAUGUUACUUCAAAAAGAUGUAACAAAUGUACAAGAAAUGUUUACAAAACAGCUUAACGAGGGGAAACAGCCAAAAUACGUCACGGUCGUUUCCAGAAGUUUCUCUCAAGACACCGAAAAUGACAACGCAAGCAAGUUUGAAGUAUCAAAAGAGACGGUUGAUGGUAGUACCAGCGUCGUACAUAGCGAGAUUCAAUACAAAUGCCAACCAACUGAUUUAAUUAGCACCUGUCAGCCUUUACAUUACUCCAAGAGGUUAUUGCCUGUUACAGCACUUUACAGUUUUCCCGGGUCUGGAAAUACAUGGAUGAGACAUCUUAUACAACAAAUAACAGGGCUUGAUGAUAGCGUAAGGCCACACUGUGGCCGAAGAAUAAGGUAUAUACACUGGGGCAGUGUACAAUGA